UUAUCGGGUGGACUGGGGAUUCAUGGCGGCUACUUUAGGAUUGCAGCCCUGUAUACUACUCCUUGGGCACGUGUCAGAAUUAAUGGCUUUUUGUCUGACCUGGUCUCGAUAAGGAAUGGCACGAGACAGGGUGGCCUUCUGUCUCCACUGCUCUAUGUCCUAUGUAUGGAGCACCUGUUAACUGCCAUACCGAUAUCAAAGGUUGACUUAUGUCUCCACAUAUUUCUCUGCCAGCAGUUUUCUCCACUAUCCGAACCUGUUCCCAUUUUGGCAAUUUUAAGGUGUAAUCUUUGGUUCUCUCUUUGGCUGUCUUCUUCGAUUGCUUCCUCCUCUAGAUGGAAAUAUUCUCAUUCUUAUCUCCUUUCCAGGGGAUAUUCUCAUGCGGAUGUUAAAAAUGUUAAUUUUACCACUUAUUAUCUCCAGCUUAAUUUCCGGUUUGGCUGGGCUUGAUGCAAAGUCCAGUGGGAGAAUGGGCACACGCGCAAUGGUGUAUUAUAUGUCGACUACAGUUCUUGCAGCUUUACUGGGAGUCAUUCUUGUUCUUUCCAUUCACCCUGGCAACCCCAAACUGAAGAAGCAAGUUAGCGUAUCAAUUAAAAAUGAAGAAGUGUCCAGUAUUGAUGCAUUUCUAGACCUCAUCCGAAACCUAUUUCCAGAGAACUUAGUUCAAGCAUGUUUUCAACAGAUACAGACGGUUUCCAAAAAAGUUCCAGCACCUCCUUCACCACUGGAUUUAAUCAGACCUCUUAAUGUUACUGGACUCUCUAUCAAUGGAUCUCAGUCUAAUUCUUCAUCUGAAACUUCUGUGCCUACAAUGGUGACCCAAAAGAAACUGGAGUUUAAGGGAGGGAUGAAUGUUCUUGGCCUCAUUGGCUUCUUUAUAGCAUUUGGAAUAUCCAUGGGGAAGAUGGGAGAGCAGGCUAAGUUAAUGGCUGAUUUUUUUAAUAUACUCAACGAGAUCAUAAUGAGGCUGGUCUCCAUGAUUAUGUGGUACUCCCCAUUUGGAAUUGCAUCUCUUAUCUGUGGCAAAAUUGCAGCCAUCAAAGACUUAGAAACUGUGGCUCGGCAGCUUGGAAUGUACAUGGUUACAGUAAUUGUGGGCCUAGUAAUCCAUGGAGGCAUGAUCCUACCACUCAUAUUUUUUUCCAUUACACGAAAAAACCCUUAUAAGUUCUAUGGUGGUAUAUUUCAGGCCUGGAUCACUGCUCUGGGGACAGCCUCUAGUGCUGGCACACUUCCUGUCACUUUCCGUUGCUUGGAAGAGAACCUGAAGAUUGAUAAGCGGGUAACACGGUUUGUUCUGCCCAUUGGAGCCACAAUUAACAUGGAUGGCACAGCAUUGUAUGAAGCAGUAGCUGCCAUCUUUAUAGCUCAGAUGAAUGACGUGUCCUUGGAUGCUGGACAAAUAGCGACGGUCAGUCUCACAGCAACUUUAGCCAGUGUGGGGGCCGCCAGCAUCCCCAGUGCUGGCCUUGUGACCAUGCUCCUCAUCCUUACAGCCGUCGGACUACCGACUCAGGACAUCAGUUUGCUGAUAGCAGUGGACUGGUUAUUAGACCGCAUGAGAACCUCGAUCAAUGUUGUUGGUGACUCAUUUGGAGCUGGAAUCAUCUACCAUCUUUCGAAAGGAGAACUUGCUGCAAUUGAUGCAAAGCAUGAUGCAAAGGAUGGGACAGAUAUGGUCAAACUGCACAUGAUGAACCACGAUAGUAUAAAAAAGCCCACUAGAGAGGGUGUUAAUACCCCACAAUUCUCGGGUUAUGCUUCAUUACCCACUGAUGAGUAUGAGGUUCAAGUAGAGCCCUCUUUGCAUCUCUAGUUUCCUUGCAUGCUUCACAUGCCAGUCCUUCAUCUAUAUUUUUCAUGAUACCAGUGCCAGCCUCAGGUUACCCAGCUUUCCUUAUUAACAAUAGUACUAACCAGGAACAUGAGAGGUGUGGAGGACACAGUUGUGUACUGGUUAGGUGAUGCCUUUUGUCAGAUGUCCCAUUUGUGUGCACCAAGCGCUUCCCUCUCUGUAGAUGCCUGAAGAUCUAACAACAACACAUCCAUAAGAAGUAUUUUGUAAAUUCUUUACAGUAAUUAAAAAUUAUUAUCUUGCAA